AGAUUCUAUUCAUUGGCAGUUAAUUGCCGUUGGUAUUGGAUAGAGAUCAAACAGACGCCUCUGUCGGGCCGACCAGAAAGAGUUGGUGGGUGGCACUGGCGGCAGCGUGGCACGCGCGCCGGCGAGUGCAGACGGACGGACGCGAUGACCCGACAUCAGAGGAAGCCGGAGAUUCACAGCAUCGAGCGAAUCCUGGGGCGUGGCGCCGCACCAGACGGCGACGGAAACGCGGAAAGUGCACCAGAUCCACAAUCAGCUCUGGACUCUACAGUCAGUGAAGCGGAGAAAAAAUCAGACAGUUAUGACGGAAGCUGUUUUGAUGAUACAUCACGAAAGCAAGGGAAGAAGUUUCGUCGCUCGCGGACCACUUUCACCACGUACCAGCUGCACGCGCUGGAGAGGGCCUUCGAGAAGUCGCAGUACCCAGACGUGUUUACCCGGGAGGAGCUGGCCGUCCAGCUGCAGCUGACUGAGGCCAGAGUCCAGGUUUGGUUUCAAAAUCGGCGCGCCAAAUGGCGAAAACGGGAAAAGACAGGGGACGGCGAGCACCCGGCCAUGUAUCUGAUGAACUGCUUCAUGCCAGGUCCGCCGCUGGCGUCGGCACGGUUCGGGCCUCACACCGGCGGCGCCGUGUCUCUGUGCCGACCCGUGCCGCUGCUGCUCCCCUCGCUGUUCAUGAGCUCCCUGAGGAUGCCGGCGCUGGCGCUGACCCGACCCGCCUGCCCUGAGGCGGCGCUGGGGUCACCGUCGCUGACCGCCGGCCUGUCUCCGUCACCGCCCGUCUCAGAGGGGGCCGCAGGGGGCCGGCCGUCGCCCCCGGCACUGGAUAUGUCCGUGGUGAGGUCGGGACGCGACAGGGCAGAACUGGUGUGGAGGGAGGGGCUCGAACGUGCCGCCGCGACUCGCCAAGACUGAGGGAAGCCAGGUGGGGAGGUGAAUUUCGUGGGCUAUAAAGGAUGGUCAUGGACUCACGAUUCGCCGGUCCGGUACAUUCUAAGCGUGUAGUUUGGAUAAUGUCCGUGAGAUAUGUGUAGAAUUUGUCGAUUCUGUUGUGUGCGAUGUUCAUGAGCUCGGUCUGCAAACUGUCAACCGAUUGCAGGUUAUCUGGCAUGCUUGUCGGUAAGUGAUGCUUGCUGCAUAUACUGGCAGAUCGAUAGCAGAACUGUGCUAUAGAAGGCUAGUCAUGAGGCCAGCUGCUGUGAAUGAUUGUGUUCGCUCGGUUAUUUAAAUAAAACUGUUACAGAGA